UAGAGAGAGAGAGAGAGUCAAGGGGCGGCUAGUGAAAAGAGGGAGUUCGUUCCUAAAUUUAACAAGUUAAAAAAACAAUGGCACUCGCCAGAAACUCUGAUUCUGAGGAGCAUUUGCAUUCCACUUUCGCUUCCAGAUAUGUCCGUGCUGUUAUUCCCAGGUUCAAGAUGCCUGACAAUUCCAUGCCCAAAGACGCUGCUUAUCAAGUAAUCAGUGAUGAGUUGAUGCUUGAUGGCAAUCCCAGGCUUAAUCUCGCUUCCUUUGUCACCACUUGGAUGGAACGUGAGUGUGACAAACUCAUCAUGGAAUCUGUUAACAAGAACUAUGUUGACAUGGAUGAAUAUCCUGUCACUACCGAGCUCCAGAAUCGGUGUGUAAAUAUGAUAGCCAACUUGUUCCACGCUCCCGUUGGAGAAGACGAGGCUGCUAUUGGAUGCGGAACCGUUGGUUCAUCUGAGGCUAUAAUGCUUGCCGGUUUAGCUUUCAAAAGGAAAUGGCAACAGAGGAGAAGAGCUCAAGGUUUACCUACUGAUAAUCCGAACAUUGUAACUGGUGCCAAUGUUCAGGUGUGCUGGGAGAAAUUUGCAAGGUACUUUGAGGUAGAGCUCAAAGAGGUGAAGCUAAGUGAAGGCUAUUACGUGAUGGACCCAGCAAAAGCUGUAGAGAUGGUUGAUGAGAAUACAAUCUGCAUUGCAGCGAUUCUAGGAUCCACACUUACAGGAGAGUUUGAGGAUGUGAAGACACUAAACGAUCUCUUAGCUGAGAAAAACGCAGAGACUGGUUGGGAUGUUUCUAUUCACGUUGAUUCAGCCAGUGGAGGAUUCAUUGCUCCUUUCCUCUACCCUGAUCUCGAAUGGGACUUUAGGCUUCCGUGGGUGAAGAGCAUCAAUGUCAGUGGUCAUAAGUAUGGACUUGUUUAUGCAGGAGUUGGUUGGAUUGUCUGGAGAACCAAAGAUGAUUUGCCUGAGGACCUUGUCUUUCACAUUAACUACUUAGGAGCUGAUCAACCCACUUUCACUCUUAAUUUCUCUAAAGGGUCGAGCCAAAUCAUUGCUCAGUACUAUCAGUUUAUCCGCCUAGGCUUUGAGGGAUACAAUAACAUAAUGGAAAACUGCAUGGACAAUGCAAGGAGGCUAAGAGAAGGAAUAGAGAUGACAGGGAAGUUCAACAUUGUGUCUAAAUAUAUUGGUGUGCCGCUAGUGGCAUUCUCUCUCAAAGACAGUAGCAAACACACCGUGUUUGAGAUAGCAGAGUCUCUGAGGAAGUUCGGAUGGAUAAUACCGGCUUACACUAUGCCUGCAGAUGCACAACACAUUGCUGUGCUCAGAGUUGUGAUCAGGGAAGACUUUAGCCGAGGCCUUGCAGACAGACUCAUCACACAUAUCUUACAGGUACUGAAGGAGAUCGAAGGGCUUCCUAGCCGGAUUGCGCAUAUAGCAGCUGCUGCAAAGGUUAGUGGUGGUGAAGAGAAGACUGCUAAGAUGUCGUUGGAGGAUAUCGCUAAGUAUUGGAAACGUCUUGUUGAAAACAAAAGAAAUAUUGUCUGUUAGGACCUAAGGGGAUAAGUCUUCAUGCUUCUUCUUUGAACCAAUAACG